AUGGCUACACCACCUCCACAGGGAUUAAGUCCAGAGGCUAAGCUUAUGCAAGUUGCAACUGGAUAUUGGGCAAGUCAGUGUUUGGCUGCGGUCAUCCGUCUCGAUAUUCAAGAUUGCUUCAAGAACGGUCCUCGAUCGAUCUAUGAUAUUGCACAAGAGAAGAAUUGUAAUGGUGAUGCACUCUACCGUUCAAUGAGAGCUCUUUCAAACAUGGGAAUCUUCAUGGAGUGCGAAGAAGAUGGAUACUUUGAUCACAGUCCAACAACUAAAAUCCUGGAGAAUCCAAAUGGUUAUAUCAAUGCCCUAAAAUUUGAAACCCAUCCAUCUGGAUACAAAUGUUGGUCAAAUUAUUUCGAAACUGUAAAGAAUGGUGGUCCAAAUGCUCAUGAGAAUUUCAAUGCAAAGAACAUGUGGGAUGUUAUUCACCAAGAUAAAGAGUUCAAUGCUUUGUUUAGCCGUGCAAUGGGAACUUUCACAAAAAUGACUACUUUUGCAAUUCUCAAAGAAGUUGGUCAUGAAUUUGCAAAAUAUGAAACCGUUUGUGAUGUCGGUGGAUCAAAAGGAGUUUUAAUGAAUGAAUUAUUGAAAAUCAAUCCAAACAUUCAAAAAGGAAUUUGUUUCGAUUUACCAAGUGUUGUUGCUGAUACCAAAUCCGAAGACAGUAGAUUCUCUGUUGUUGGUGGAAGUUUCUUUGAUUCAGUUCCAGAGGCAGAUUGUUAUACAAUUAAGAAUGUUCUUCAUGACUGGUCCGAUGAAAAGUGUAUUGAUAUUCUAAGAACCAUUGGAAAGUCAAUGAAACAAGGUGGAAAAAUCUAUAUUUUCGAUUCAAUAAUAAAAACAAAGAACACUCCAUCACUUCCCUCUCUCCUUGAUGUUCGUAAGUAA